AUGAGACACGUUACAUUAGUCUAUACAACACUUAUUACUACUCCGAACGGAUCAACGUGUUUAAGCCAAUUGAUCCUUGAUGAUAUGUUCAUUCUGCUGUUUUGUCUAUUAACGUUUUGGUUGGUUUUCGAUAGAUCAUAUCAUGUACUAUGGUUUAAAAUCCAGAAGUUAUUUGAUAUUCUACCAUCUUCUACAUUAACGAACAAUGAGUCAGAUCCUGCUACUGUGAUAUCUUUGCCAGAUUCAAACAGUAGCUUCUUUCACAAGUUCUAUUCCGAGUAUUCGUUGUCUUCUAGAAAGGUUUACAAUGCAGUACGAGUCAUAUUUUGUGCUACAUUUUCUGCUUACGUUGUAGCAGUUGAAAUUGUAUUAUGGCAGAUAAAAGUAGCAGACCCCAAUGCCGAGGCUAACUUGGUGACGUCAAUUAUAUGGCCAGGCUUGUUAGCUUUAUUGUUCAUCUCAUUGAUUUUGAUACAACCUUUCCUGAUACUGGUGUUCUUGUUGACGAAAUUCUUCGAAGACAAGGUCAGCAUGCACAAAUUAGUGCCGGUAACCAUUGGCAUUACUAUUCUAUGGCUAACUUUCUUGCAUUUCCUUACCAUUGGACCGUUUGGCUACACAUAUAAUCUAUUGACUAAGGCAUCAGUGAUCGGUGUGACUGUAAUGGGAAUUUUGUCCGGAUUGGCAUCAGUCUCCACACCGUAUUAUGCCUAUCAAUAUUUUAGACAUCGGAACAAAAGAGAUACAAAAUACACUAUACAUAACAAUGUUGAUCUGUUGUGGUCUAGUGAGUCUGUGAUACGGGAUCGAAUCAGGAAUUAUGAAGAAUGUAUUGAGAAAGAUACCUCGUUGUUGUGUAGGCUCACUUCUUCCUCAAACCAAGCUGACAUCAUGACCACAGUACAACUGAGAGAACGAAUUGCAUGGUAUCAACUUGAACUGGUGAAAUUAAGCGGUAUCUUGCAGGGUCCAAAAGAGCUUAGGAGUUUAAAGCGGAUGUUUCAGGUGAUUUUUUUGGUUUACUGUGUUUAUAAAUUGACUGACGUGUGGCUUGUAAAAGUGCCUAAAAUUAUAGUACACUCAUUUAAGUUUCCAACAGAUUUUAGUUAUGAAUUCUUCGACAAUAAAAGUACUGAAAAGGACCCCUUAGCUGUCACAUUCGCCAAUAUGUUUGACUUCUUGGUUCUAAGAUUAGAACAUCAAAAUGACAUGGAUUCGUUAAUCAAACAGAUAUCCUUGAUAUUGUCCAUCUCGUUGUUCGUGUGCUCUCUUUCUACUGUCACUACGACAAUCUCUUAUCUUUUGACAUUACUGCCUGUCAAACUACAAUUAUUAGCGUUAUCUGCAAUGCAGAGUACCAAUGGCUCUGAGCUUCCUACGAGCAAUAAGGAUGCAUUCUAUACCAAGAAACCCCCUUCGAUCAUCAAAAACCUCGCUGUGUGUGAGUUGACAGGUGUGUACAUCCUUGCCACUAUCUUGAUGAUUCGCUCCAAUUUACCAUAUGAUGUCUCAAAACAGGUCAAUCAACUCUUGGGUGAGAAAUUCACUAUUCCUGAUGUUGUAAUCGACGUCUGGUCUGAUAAAAUGUUCGCUUGCAGUUCGCUCUUGACAUUCAUUGGUAUUAAGGUAGCAGAAAGAACACUACACAGAUGA